AAAAUUUUUUUUCCAGUUUGUGGAAGAGUAUGAGCCGACAAAAGCAGAUUCGUACCGGAAAAAAGUGGUGUUAGAUGGUGAGGAAUGUUUAAUCGACAUCUUGGACACCGCUGGUCAAGAAGAUUAUUCUGCAAUUAGGGAUAAUUACUACCGGAGUGGUGAAGGAUUUAUUUGUGUAUUUUCGAUCACAGACACCGAAUCCUUUGAAGCAACCAAUGAGUUCAGGCAAGUUAUAUGCUAUUUUGGCUUAUUCUUUGAUAUUUCACUCAACGUAGAGAUGCUUGAUUUGGAAGGCGGCCAUGUGCAAAUAUUGCGUGUGAAGAAUUCGGCGAUGGAUUCGUCGAUUCCAAUAAUGCUGGUUGGCAACAAAUCGGAUUUGACAAGUGAACGAUCGGUGAUGCAACUGCAGGCACAACAAAGGGCCGAGCAGUGGAAUGCACCGUACAUUGAAACUUCAGCAAAAAAUAGGACCAAUGUUGAUAAGGUAUUUUUUUUUCUUGAAAGAUAUCAGGGGGCAAGGGGAUCAGGAGAGGGGGGGGGGAGGCUAAAUUCUGGAUUUUAAAG